AUGGCAGAAGGAUUCAACGGCAUGGCCAUAGACCAACCAGCUGGCGCCAGCAAAACCAACCCAUAUGCUGCGGAAGCAUGGCUCGAACCAUGGCUCAUCAAGCACUCGGAGUUCUACCGCAAGCACAUGGCGCACGGCCGGACAGAAAGCAAAGCCACCCGUCGUCACAGCGAGGUCUCAGAGGCUCUCGAGUCGAGAAACAACUCAGUCACGGCGCCCGAGCCCGAGCAUCCCGUUGCCGUUGACGCUGGGGUUGCACCUAGCCCCGGAGCCACAGACGCAAUGCCAGUGCCUGUCGAACAGCCGAGACAGAGCGAUGCGGGUGAGACUGCCACCCACGAAGGGGCGGUCGAGACCAAGAAGGAAAAGAUGCUUCACAGCUGGCGCAAGCAUCUCAGCUGGCACCCUCAUCCUUAA